AGUCGCUGGCCAGCAAUGACGCCCAGCAGAUCAUCAGCAGGUUUCGCGUCAUACAGGCGACCGGCUUUCUGGAAGGUGCCCAGUUACGUCCAUGAGAUCUAUACCCAAUCCACGCCCACUCUAGCUGUACAGCAGCCAGCUGUGGUACUGCCGCCCCCAUGUCGCCUGACGCCGCAGCGUCGCCGCAGCAGCACCAGCGGCCUCAAGAAGCGGGUUCACUUCGCCGAUGAGCCAAACAUUGGGGUGCAAGUUGGCAGCCCCUCGCAUGGGGAACUGCUGCGUGGCGACAUCAUCGCCAAGAUCGGCGAGUACGAUGCACGCGACCUGAGUCACGCGGACGCCCAACAGCUGUUCCGCGGUGCUGGCAAUGAGAUCCGACUGGUCGUGCACAGGGACAACAAAAUCGCGUACACGCAGGGCGUCAGUCAGGAGGCAGCUGGCCCUGGUUCGCGCAGCAACUCCACUUUGCCCCCGGCCAGCCCCGAGCUGCUGCCCCAUCGCGGUCCGUCGCCGUUUCUGCCCGGCCCCAGCCAUCUGGAACGUGCCCUGCAGCUGCCGGUGGACUCCUUGCCACACACCGUGUUUCCCCAGCUAAACGCAUCCGGUGGCUAUGUGACUCCGUCGGAGGUCUUUUCGCCCAAGCCAACGCGCGACCAUCAGCAGGAUGUGGAGGAGGAGCAGGCCGCCAUCGUUAAUCAGCCCUACCGUACAACUCCACUGGUCCUGCCCGGUGCCAAGGUGAAAAAGGAUGCCCCAUCGACAGACUCCUACUUGAGGCACUAUCCCAAUCCGGCUGUGCGCGCCCAUCCAGGACACGACUACCAUGACAGUAUCAUGAAGCAACGCGUUGCCGAUACCAUGUUGCACAAGGUUGUUGGUUCGGAAGCCGACACUGGCCGUGUCUUCCACAAGCAAUUCAAUUCGCCCAUCGGCCUCUACUCAAACAGCAACAUUGAGGACACCAUCAGAACCACAGUUCCAAUUUUCAUCGAUCUAUCUUUCCUGGAACAAAAACGUGUUAUACUGGAGCAACAAAAGCAAAAAGAACAACUCGCAGAGCAACAACGACAACAGCGACAGCACCAACUGCAGAUACUCUAUCAACAAAAUAAAUGAUCAAAGAAAUAUAUAGUAGCCAAAAAUAAACCCCUGCUCCUGCUCCCCCUUUCCAUACCCCCCACCCCCCACCCACAAGACUAAUCCGAAAGUUAAAAGACGUUUGCUGAAUUUAUUCUUAUUCUUACUUCUUUUUUCGAAAAAUUAACUUUAAUGGAAAAUGUUUCACAGAAGACAGUACUAGCACUGAAAGUUCCUAUGGCAUAAUCAUCCACCAAAUGCAAGCCCCAGACCCCAGUCCCCCACCCAUUCCCAGUAUUAAUCGUGAUGAUGCUAAUGCUAAUCCAAAGACUAAUCCCCCAAGGCCCAGUUUAAGGCUUCGACUCAUCCGAAACGAUAACUGAAUAUGAUUUGAAUAGUUUAUACGAUUAUUUUGUUAUGCAGUUCUGUUCGAUUACUUUUUAAACACUAGCUCGUAAGGAAUUUGUUAAUGAGUUUUGCUAUUAAUUCAAAUGAUGUUUGAGACAACGCACAGAUGUGUCCUGCCGCAUCCUCGAACAACAACAACAACUACAAUUACAACAACAACAAAAAACAAAAUAAUUCUAACGUAUUUUGUGCACAUCCUGUUUUCUCUUUCUAUUCUCUCUCUCACUACUCUCUCUCUCUCUCACGCUACUCAACCGAUGUAAAAAUACAAAAAAAAAACCAAAAACAAAAAACCAAACCAAAAACAAAAAACCAAAACCAAAAACCAAAAUAAAAUAUUCUGUUUUCGAUUAACCAAACAAAUAAACAAAAUAACUUGAAAUAACGUAAUGGCGCUUUCAACGAUCUCAAAAAUCAAU